AUGCCCACCACUUUAGCACAGGAUCAAGACGAAAAGAAAGAACCAUUGAAAGCAGAUAGCACAGAGAAAAUCGACAAGAUGUUGCAUCCUGAAACCAAUGAAAACACCCAUUCAAAUGUGCAAUCGCAAACGAAACGUGCUCAACUUCAUCAGACCAUCAGUGGAGCUACUGCAACAAGUGUGGCAGCUUUACGUCGUUCUGGUUUAAAAUUUACUGAUGUAGACGAUCCGAAUGCUUUAAGAGUUCAGAACCCUGGGCCUGGUGAUAUCCUGUUUGGUAGAGGGAGGGGCUUUCAGGAGCACCCGGGCAAUCAGAGGAUGCUCAAGAUUAUCUCCAAGUACAAACAGGCAUACAAGUCUCAGAAACGCAGUAAGAAACGUGAAUUCGUUGAGGCUGUGUACGAUGAGAUCACAAGAGAUGGAAGUAGAUUCUUGAAGAAGUUAGAAGGAGAGAACUGUUGGGUUGAGGUCUCUAUUCCGAUCUCUCUCGAAAAGGUUAGCCACACUCUCAGAGGUAAGAGAAAGGGUGAAGAAGAACUCACCCCCGCUUCUACUGAGGCAGAUGCAUCGGAUCAGUUGCUUCAUUUGCAGAAGCGACAAAGAGCCCAUUCCCAAGCUGAAUCUCCAAAUGGGGGUACACCAAUGGGUAAAAGGGCCCCCACCAACAAUCGUCUGCAGGGAUUGGGCGGCCAAUUGCUCCCAUCUUUGACAUCAUCAAUGGGAGCAAGCACAAUGGCACCUAAUGGUGCUCAUCCGUCACUGCAGAACGCAAUCCAAUCAGCCUUGGCAAAUCAACAGUUUGGAGCUGCUGCUUCACAACGAUUCCAAAGCAAUGGUUCCGUAUUCUCGUCCAUGACUCAGGGACAUUCGGCCUUCAAUGGAUUUCCACAAGGAGCAUCGUCGAACUAUGGUAAUCCGUACAUGCUUGAAGCUAACUUCUAUGGAGUUCCACAAAUGGCUGGUGGUGGAUCCACCAAUCCAGCACUAGGAGUCGCACUAGGAGUCAUUGGUGGGGGAGGUGCUGGAUCCAUGUUUGGUGCAUCUUCGCUCUAUGGAGGAUCUGCUCUGGAUGCUGCGCGUUUCGAAUUCUUACGAGAGCAACAGCAGCAGUUCGUGAAGGCUUCUGCUGCUGGCUCCAACAAUGCCCUGCUGGCAUUACAAGGUGGUGGUCUCCAAUUAUCAAACAGUUCGUCAGCAACAAUCACCACACCGCCCACUUCCUCAAAGCAUGUCGAAGUUGCGAUAUCAGCAUCAGACGCUUCGAACACCUCGCGAAACAAAGCGACAGCUACAAGUUAG